AUGAUCAAAUCACGCUCCACCCACAUUUGGAUAUCAACACCGCUUUGCAGUCAACGAUCCUGGUCUACUUUUCGCAGUGAUAUCGCGCAUCGCGCGGAUAACCAAGCUGAAGUAGCGGCCUCGGGUGUUCUCAACCUUGUCUCGUCGGGAUCCGAUCCGGCCGCUGCAUCCGCGGGGGGGUUCACGGCGAUCUUUUUCGCCUGCCAAGAUGCCUUGGGGGUGGAGCCUUGGGGUGUAAUAGCUCUUUUUGGCGGCCUUACUCGCCUCAUGACGUUGUGUUUUAUGUUUUAUGGGGAAAGAGCUUCUGCUCGGAUGCAACUCGCUCUUCCAAAGCUAAGGGAAUCCCAGGAGAGGUUCAAUCGCGUCUACCGCAACAAAAACGCAUCCUCGCUAGAGGUGCAGCUUUCGGCGAGCAUAUGCAAGAGCGAGCGCCGGCGAAUUUUUAGGCAAUACCAGACCUCAAAUUUUCAAUGUUUUGCCUCCUUUCUUGGCACUCCUUUGAUAGCGUAUGGUUUGUAUCGCAUCUCUCUUCUCUGCUCAGACACCUCUUUGUUGGUAGGUAUCUCGCCUUUUCUUUGGUGUACGGCGCUAUCGCUUCCAGAUCCCACUCUUGCACUGCCUGUGGUGUGCGUCGGUCUCGCUCUCCUCAACUUUGAAUUAUCGUUGCGGAAGGAGCUCAAGACAGAAUGGAUGACGAAGAUCGUCUGGUGCGCACGUUUCUCGUGCCCCUUCUUUAUUGUUGUGAUAUCCACCUUUUCCACCGGCGUGUGUUUGUACUUCUUUGGAGUAAGCUUGGUAGGCCUCUUGCAACCUAUCUUGCUCCGCGUGCCCGUUUUUCGGCGAUUUCUUCGCUUUCCCAGUUAA